CCUCAGAUCAUGACCCUCUCGCUUUUGCCAUCACCACGUUGAAUCAGUGCUGUAACUUCAGCGGAUGAACGCCCUGCAAGUUGCCCGAGGACAACCCUGCAGCCACUAAAGCUUAGUGUGUCUUUAGCAGAUUUCGGGUCUGGGCUUGGCUUGUCGGGUCCCCAUGCAGGCGCACAUUUUAAGGUAUUUUCUGUGUUCGAGUCAAGCCAAGUCGCGUAUCAGACCGCGUUGAGACCAUGCCAAACCACAAACACCAGUGUAGGCAGGUGUAAAACGGCACCCUAUUUCAGUUGACUCACUGCAGUUUAUAUCUGUCUUUUUCGAGCUUCUUGCUAAAUUUUCACUUCAUCACUUUCAAAUCUAUUAAAUUACGGCUCCACAUCGAAUAAUCGUAAAUAAACAAGACAACAUUGGAUAUCGUAUCGAAUCGUCAAAACCCAAUUAUUCCCUAGCUCCCUUGGUGGCACGGAUUUCCCGCCGCGUGGUCAGUCUCAGCACCUGUCUAGACCCUAGGCCUUUCUCUCUGGGGCUCGCCCUCCACUUCAGUUCGGAUCUACGUGCUAGGCUUAUACGUUCUGGAAUCCCUCCAAUUGUGGUCCCUCUUCAGCGACUGGACUUUAUCUUCGCCCUAACAACGUUCACAACUCCAAACCUGGAGGCUUCCUAUUCCUGUCAUGAGUCCAAAUCAGCCUCUGGUUGAAAUUGCGCUGGAUAACAAUCGCAUUGCGCCUCCUCCCCCGUUCAAAACGGCAGAUACCCGACUGGACGCUCCCACUGAGACAGCACCAGCGACGGUUACGGGAGCGCGACAAGGUGGGGAUUUCGCGGUACCAUCCCAGGCCGACGCGCUCUCGCGAGCCUCCCACUCAAACCCGAUUGCAUCGAUAACGCCUACGCCUGCGCCUGCCAGCGAUAUUGCUGUUGAUUCAACAGCGGGAACUACAACCGCCCAUGCCGUCGUUGUCGCAGCUAUCGCCAAAAUGCAGCGCAAAUCCUCUGUCGACCGCGACGAUGGCUCUACACAGAGCCACCCUCACUCAAACACCGAUUCGCAAGAGACCACCAUGACCACUUCUACAGAUCCCGCAUUCACACCCCCAGCCAGCGAUGCCAGCAACUGCGCACCUGGCCCAUCAAGUCAGGACAGCCAGUUGUUACAGCUGUCCGAGAUUGCUGCUACUCAGCACAGAAUCGCAACAGAUCCCGCAAAUUCACGGAAGCGAAUGGCCGAUGGAGAGGUUAAAAGCCGUACGGAUAGCCAAAGUCCUGUAAAGAGCCAUUCAAGAAACCCAAGCGCUGUGAGCAGGACAUCAGCAGCAGGUGGCCAUAUUGGAGAGUUGUCCAACGAGUUAAAGACGCGUCUGUCGUAUGCCAUGAUCAAGGUCAAUAAGGGUUGGCAGUCAAACUCACUUGAAGAGGUAGAGAAUAUGGCGUCCCAAGCCGCAUCUCCAGUCUCAAGCACAUCGACAACAAUACAUAACCGACAGGGUUCCUCGGCAAGCCCUCGAAUACCCAUGAGCAAGCCACCAUCCUCGUCAGCUCCUCUACCACAUCCACACGGCUCUGCUGGCCAACGUCGAAAAUCAAAUACACCUCCAAGUUCAGCGUGGAACAAGCCUGCACUAGCGCCCCCAGCACCCAUCAGGCCUUCAGUUCCCGUGCCCAACUCCCAUGCGAAUCCACGCCGCAACUCCCACCCCAAUCGAACUCCGAAUAUGUUGACACAUUCUCAUUCCGCUUCGCCUCACACGCCUGGCCAACCCCCAACUGUGCCACAUGGACCCAAAUCACGCGUCAUGGGCGACCCAGUUCUCAUGUCACCGCAUCAAAAUGUUAGGGAACAAGAUGCUAUCGAGACUUUGUUGUUCAUGAGUAGUCCAGGCAACUCUGCCAAUCUGAAGCACGCUUUCUCCCCUACAGGAUCCCCAGGACCUAACACUGACAUGGCUCGACCUCCUCCUCCACGACACGCGUUGCCUUCAGGGCCGAGAAAACCGCUUCCUACAUCACAGCGGCAACCUCAGCAAACCCGAAAAACUCCCUAUGAUAAAUCACCCAUGGCCCCGCCACCUGGGUCGCCAAUGGACCUGGACUCACCACAGCAACAUUAUGCUGCACAGAACAGGGCAGCACCUAGAAGGCGAACCAUUGGUAGCCGAAGUCAGUUAAGAGGGACGCUCUCGCUGCCCAGUGGUAUCGGGCUAGGGAGCGGGAAAACAAGAAAACCACUGAGAGAUGAAGAUAUAGAAAGGAUGCUGGAUAAGGCGAGCGUGGAGGCAGCCGACAGCUCUGAUGAUGAGGAGAUUUUGAUUCCAAGACGGGCCGUCGCGGGAGUCAUGCAGUAAUAAGGGGUUGAUAUAUAUGUGUGGUCAUGAUAGGCGCCGCUCGUUCGUGUUGCCUUACCACAUAAGGGUCUGUUUUCCCAGGUAUCUUGGUGCCGCGCUUGGACCUCGCGAUUUGUCAUAUUAUACCCUUGUGAGAGUCAGGUUAACGAGGGUGUCGAGAGCUGUUCACUGUCGGAGCAGGAUGGUAUGAGAGGAGUUACGGAGCGGGUGGGCCCUUGUGGCCUUGGAAUAUUAUAUUGGUCUGUAUUUGCUACAGACCAGCGUGUUUAACUACGGUAUGGUGCAUCUGACCGUGCUUGGAUAUUCAUUUGUGUAUAAUGGGAUGGCAGAGCUUCUUGCAUGAAGGCAUGAGACGAAUCAUGUGUCCCGCGAUAUCGCGAAUAUCGCCAUGACAAAAUUGGCGUUUGAAGCAAUUGGUUUCAUAUAUAUAGGGCUGUGGCAUUUAUCAAUACCACAUUGCAUCCGUAGCCCGACUCACUUCACUGAAGACUUCUCUAGGUCAUGGAUACAUGCACAACGUAUACCGAUAUUUGGCCGUUUGAACUAGGCCGAGUCACGAACUGACUGAUCAAAAGGGAACGUGGUUUAUUUUGAUCUUAAGUGUGCGCAGUCGCGCUUGUGGUCAAGACAUUUGGGUUUCACCUAGAUAACCCUAGCCAGAUUUACACUCUAAAUAUACACAUAACGCCUGCCCAAGAACGCCUAACGAAGAUUUCCACCCAGUCAUAUGUCACAUCUCAUGCUUGGUUUCUGUGCUCUGGGAACAGAGCCAUCACCAAAC